AUGUUGGAUUAUAGCAUUCCGCUGAGGAAACACAUCACUCCGUGGAGAAGCCUCUGCGGACUGACGUCCCCCUCCGCGGAAUGGAUCAUCCGCAAUUUGAAUCAUAUUCUCCUACACAUUAUUUCUCUCCAUUCGUACGAUUUUGGCGGAAGGGAGAGAGAAUCGAAGUUGACUAGUGUUAUUUACUUGAAGAAUGGCAUUUGCAACAUCAAGUUUUUGGGGUCCUGUUACAUCAACUACAGAAUGCAGUUUGAGAAAAGAUUCAGCAUACUUCACAUCUCCAAUAUGAUCCUUGCUAUUGGGAGCAUGUUGUUUCAUGCUACACUGCAACGACUGCAACAACAAGGAGAUGAAACACCAAUGGUAUGGGAAAUGCUAUUAUACAUCUACAUCCUCUACUCUCCACAUUGGCAUUACAAAACCACAAUGCCCACUUUUCUCUUCCUCUAUGGUGUCCUUUUUGCAAUCUUUCAUUCCCAAAUUCGUUCCAAUUUUGGUUUCAAAGCUCAUUACAUAACACUUUGUCUUCUUUGCAUCCCGAGAAUGUACAAAUACUACAUUCACACACAUGAUAAGAACGCAAAACAUCUAGCAAAACUCUACCUCAUCACUUUAUUCCUUGGCCUUUCAUGUUGGGGUUUUGAUCGGGUUUUUUGUAGGAAGAUUUCUAUUUGGGAGUUUAAUCCACAAGGGCAUGCGUUGUGGCAUGUGUUCAUGGCGUUUAAUUCGUAUUUUGCGAAUGAAUUUUUGAUGUUUUGUCGGGCUCAACAAAGGGGGUGGGACCCACGGGUUGUGUAUUUUAUGGGGUUUUUUCCGUACGUUAAAAUCGAAAAACCAAAGGCUCAGUGAUUUUGAUAUAUAGAUUUUAAAUAUUGAAAUAUAAGUUUUAGUAUAGUAUAAAUUAGGUUACUAGAUAAUAUAUAUAGCCUUUUGUUUUCAUAUAAAGGUUAUUGAGUAUACUUGCAAAUGUUUAAAGGG